UGAGCUGAAGCCAUCACCGGAGAGAAAACAGGAACAUCGACAUGGCCAGCAGGGGCAAACAGUGGGUUCUCCUGGCAGCAGGUUCUAAAGGUUGGAAAGACUACAGUGUCCAGGCCAACGUGUGCCACGCUUACCAGGUCGCUCACCAGAACGGCGUUCCAGAUGAGCAGAUUGUGGUGAUGAUGUAUGAUGAUAUCGCUUACAAUGAACAAAAUCCCACUCCUGGAAACAUAAUUAACGUACCAAAUGGCCCAAAUGUUUACCCUGGGGUUCUGAAGGACUACACUGGAGAGGAGGUAUCAGCGGAGAACUUCCUGUCUGUACUGUGUGGAGAUUCGGAGGCUGUCAAGAAAACAGGAAGAAAAAAAGUCAUACAAAGUGGUGAAAAUGAUUCUAUCUUCAUCUACUUAUCAGACCAUGGAAAUAGAGGAAUCUUUCACUUUCCUAAUUCUACACUUUAUGCACAUGAUCUCAUUAACACAGUGAAGGCGAUGUCAAAGAGUCGCACGUUUUCAAAGAUGGUCAUUUAUUUGGAAGCGUGUCAUUCUGGAUCAAUGCUGGAUCAGCUGUCUGACAGCAACGUGUAUGCAGUUUCUUCGUGCAAUCCUGAUGAAUAUACCUACGCUUGUUUCUUCGACAAGAAAAGAAAUACCUUUCUUUCUGAUAUCUUCACCUUUAACUGGCUGCAGCACAUGGACACGGUAAAACUUACAGUGACGUCGUUUGGAGAGCAGUUUUCCUACCUGCAGAAACACGUGAGUAAAGACGCGAGGAAGGCAGGAGUGACUGAGACGCCAUGUAACUAUGGGGACAAGGGAAUGCUGAAGGUAAUGUUGAGUGAAUUUUUUGGAGAUUCCCCUCGCUUUGUCAGCGAGACCUACACGUCCCAGAUCCUGAACGUUCAAGUGUCCGAUGUGGUGGACACUACAGAAGUUCCACUGAUAAUCCAAGAAAACAGGAUUAAAAACGAACAGGACCCGGAAAAGAGACAGGCCCUGGAAAGACAAUAUGAUGAUCUUAAAAGAAAGAGGAAGACAGUGGAUGAAGCGCUGCAGAAGAUUGCUGAGCGCACAAACGCUUCACGAGCUCUGACUGAAAAGCGUGAGGUGACUCGGACGUACGAACUCAAACUCGUGGCUGAGCAUUUCAGGAAAAAUCUCUUCAACUGGGAAGCGGAGCCGUUUGUUGUCACUCGUGCACACCUGCAGGUUUUAGUGAAUCUGUGUGAGUGUGGGUUGGAGGUUGAGAGGUAUGGGAUUAGUUUCACUUUUUCAGUGUUUGUUCUGGAAUUAAACACGUCCAGUCGUUUCUCAUUGUAUUUCUGAUUUGUUUGUUUCCAUCAGCAUCACUGAAGCCAUCACUCACGCGAGCCAGGAGAUCACUUUCUGAAGAACUCGACACCACGAUCGUUUUCUUUGACACGUUCUCUUUCAAUAAUAUGAGGAUUUCGAUUAGAUCAUCUUUUAAAAGCAAUAUUUUUAUUAUUCUUAUUUUUUUAUUUUAGUUUUGUUAAAAAAAUUUUUUUACCAACCUUAACUAACUAAAGUCACACAAUACCAAAGCCUGUAGAAUACCUCAAUAAAGAACUUGGAGAGAAACAAAAGUUUAUUUGUUGAAUCAGUAUAUUUAGACAACACUGUGCUACACAGAUGAUUUAUACAAGUAUUAUAACUCGUUCAGCCGUAACAUUGAAACCACUGACAGGUGACGUGCAGGUAUAGAGUUAGAAAAGAAGAGGACCAAGCAUUGAGCCUUGACACCAAUGAUGAAGAGUCUGUAUGGAGCAUUGAUCCAGAAUGACACGCCUCCAAAUAAAUGACCUGGUUGUACAAAAGAUUCUGAUUAUG